CUCGUGCGCGGAGGCUUCGAGAGCGGAAGUGCCCUCUCCGGCUGGGGCCCCCGCCUGCACGUGGCGGCCCUCCCGCCCCGCUGCAGUGCCCGCGCCGCUCGCGCCGCCGCGGCCCGUCUGCCCAGCGCCGCCGCGGGCGUCGCUGCUGCUGGGCCGGUGCGCCGUGCGCGCGGCGGGCUGCAUCGCGUCCUCCGUGCCGCGGUGGCGGACUUCCGUGCGCGUCCCCGCGUGUCCCUGCAUCCACUGUGCGCGAUCCUCGGCCCGGUGUUGGUGCUGGUGCUUGCCCAGCCCUCGUUGGUGUUCCGCGGAUCUAUCGGACGUCCGGCCGCGUGUACCACCUGGGGCCCCUCCCGCUCCGCGGCAGCCGCUGCCCCGCCGCGCCGCCCGUCGAGAGCCCCCAUCGCAGCCCCGCGUGGGAGCCGGUCGGCGACUGCAGUGCGGAGCUGGCAGAUGGGAAAGGAUCUGCUCGCGAACCCGAUCGAUGCUUCCGAGAUGUUCGACAGAUGGGUGGAGGAGCUUUGCCCUGAAGUCUGUGCACACUUUCGGAGGUUUCCUUACUUCCGGUCGUUCGGAAGAAUCGGAAGAAGGCAUCCGUUGACUGGCUUCACGACUCGGUACGCUGCGUACACCGUCUGCUUGUUCAAGAUGUUUGCUCACAUGGCUGCCACUGCAAGCGCCCAGCUUUACUUGUAUUCUCGAUCUGUUUCGGGCGCCAUUUUGAACGGGGGACCCACCCCUUGGGACGAUUAUGUAGAUGCUUUCAUUGACUAUGAUUCCGUGCCCAGGUUCUUGCAGUUUGUUGAAGAUGAAGGCAAUAUUUUCCAUUCAGAUGUGGAGUUGGUUUGCGAAAGAACGGACGCGAGAGGUAACCUAGGGAAUGCGUUGAAGUGCUAUGCUAAACAGGGUCUUCAUGUGCAACAUGCCACGGACUAUCCUUGGCCUUACGUUGAUAUUUUCAUUUACAAGAUUAGCGUGAAAAACGAGACCAGGAUGAUAACUCCGUGUUCGAUUGCUGGAGUCACCAGUGGACAGGCAUUCAAUGCCGACGAUUAUUUUUCCACGAGCCCAUAUUUUUUCGGCGGUAUUUGUCUGUUUGGGCCACAUCCUCGUGUCAUGCAGGGGCGGCACGAGUCGCAACAAUGCAAAAUGAGCGCGUAUAACAAUCGUUUGGAGCGUGUUGUUGGAGAGAGUACGAUGUUACACUGUUGCAAAUUAAUGCAGAAGCUUCCUUUUGUCCAUCGAGCUUCUGAUGGGCACGUCAUUAUCUCGAAUGGCGUGGAGGACUUGAGGCUGUGGUCAUCUCCCCUGAAUGACUUUGUGCGCGAGGGGCCCUGA